GACGGUCGCAGAGAGACCCUCCACCUCGAAAUGGACCACCUGAUGCUGCUGCUGCUGCUGUGGAGCUCAGGACUCCAGGCUGAAGGAGAACUCACCUCAACAGAGUCUGUCAGGUUGGUGGGAGGAGCCAGUCGCUGUAGAGGAAGACUGGAGGUGAAACAUGAAGGAGAAUGGAGUCCAGUGGAUGGCUAUGACUGGUCCCUGAAGACAGCAGCUGCUGCCUGUAGAGAGUUAGACUGUGGCUCUGCUGUUUAUGCAGAGAGAAAAAAGUCCUCAUACAGAUCUAUGUCGAGGAUCAGGUCUGGCUGUGUUGAGUCUGGAUCUGCUCUGAGGGAGUGUGCUGCAUCAUCUUGCUCUUCCUCCUUUCUUCAUCUCACCUGUUCAGACCUGCUGCUUCAGCCCAACAUCUCUGUGUCCUCCUCCAUGGUCGGGGUCUCCGAGGAGGACCAGCAGGAGGUGUUCCAGGUGUUCUGGGGCUCCACCUUCACCAUCAGCUGCUCCAUCCAGCCACAGUACCCAGGAGGCUCCUUCCAGCUCACCUUCACCUCCUCCAACUCAACACACAACUACACCCAGCCAGCUGUCAAUCACUCUGCCCACUUCCUGUUUCCUGCUGCAGAGCCCGCCCACCAAGGAAGCUACAGCUGUUUUUAUCACCUCUAUGUUUUCUCUCAUAACUUCUUCUCUGAGAGCCGUGUGCUCUCUCUCAGCGUCAUGGACCUGCUGCUUCAGCCCAACAUCUCCAUGUCCUCCUCCAUGGUCGGGAUCUCAGAGGAGGACCAGCAGGAGGUGUUCCAGGUGUUCUGGGGCUCCACCUUCAGCAUCAGCUGCUCCAUCCAGCCACAGUACCCAGGAGGCUCCUUCCAGCUCACCUUCACCUCCUCCAACUCAGCACACAACUCCACCCAGCCAGCUGUCAAUCACUCUGCCCACUUCCUGUUUCCUGCUGCAGAGCCCGCCCACCAAGGAAGCUACAGCUGUGUUGAUCACCUCUAUGUUUUCUCUCAUAACUUCUCCUCUGAGAGCCGUGUGCUCUCUCUCACCGUCAUGGAUCCGAGGCCUUUAAUCAUCAGAGCGAUCCUCCUGCCACUGAUUCUGCUGGUGGAGAACAUUGCCCUUUACUUCUACUGUAGGGCCAACAGGGAGCAGCUGCCGUGCAGACAGAACAACAUUGAGCCAGAUUAUUAUAACCUGGGUGUCCCUGCAGCUGAAGGAGGGCCGAAUGAAGAGGAAGGAGCUCAGGGAGCAGAGUAGCAUCUCCAAGAAGCUCAUGGAGGUUAAACAUGAAUGCACCUUUUUACCCCCACUUGGAAUAACUCCCAUUUAUUUACCCUUACAAAACUUCAAUUCAUUUUGAUUGGCACAUGCUGGUUACUUGUGUACAAAAUCUGGGGUCUCUGGGGCCAAUCUGUGAGGAAAACAGUAGUUUUAAAAAGUACGUUUUACUGACAAGCAUUAUUCUUCCCAAAUGUCCAUAACCUGUUUUAGGGACUCGGUAGGGGUCCUUAGGAUGGACCCAGGACCACCAGAAUUGGGUCACAUAUUCUACAGAACUCCUUGAUUUGGAAAAGGUUCCAACUCAUUUGUCAUUUAUUUUUUAUUUUUACUGAAACCCCUUAGUAUUCCCAACAUUUUUAAAGAGCUUUGCCAUUCGCAAGCGCAAUUAGAGGCUAACUACCGUUUCAACCUGGACCCUAUUUUACGAUGUUUUUGUGUCUAAGUGACUGAUGGGAACAACCAUCUUUGACAUUGGUCCGGUAUUAACCGUCCUAACCCCAAAACAAGUUAGAAAAAGCAUGUUUUGUUUAAAAGAUUGUGUGAAAAGGUAGAGCCCCUCCUUUUCCCCAACUCGCCUGACAUUCCCCACAACAUUUAAACUGACUCCUUAUCUUACACGCACAAACGCGCUUACACGCACACACACGUGUAGCGUCUAAUGUUUGUAAAAACACGCGGGGCCGGCAACCGCGGCGUGGUUCAUUCAUGCGCGAUCUUUAUUUACACAACUUUCAGUUACUGACCAAACAGCUGUAAACCAUGUAGCGAACGACGUGGUACCCGUCGAUUCUGCUCCAUAAUACAUUUCGUUCUGUUAAUCCAUACAUUGUGCACGCAAACGGCAACAUUACACUGAUAGCACCUACUUUCAUUUCCUGGUCCCGCAACAAUUUGUUUCCCCAAGGGAACACGAACCCCAUGACAAUGGCUAUUUUAUUCCCUGUUUGGGACAGGGGAAAAUGUUGAUUUGAGCAGGGAGGGAAGCUUUUGUCGCAAUACACCAUUAGUGUUGGUGUUGCAGGUUGAUUAUUCUUUAAUUAUCGACAAGGAAAGAAUAAUGUUAUUAUUAGUACUGAAAUGUAUGGUGAACUAUAUUUCAAUCUAUGUGUUUAAUGUAAGAAUAACCUGCUGAAUCACUCUACAGAACAAUACCCCCUGUCAUGUUGGUUUCAACCAAUUAUCUUAAUUGAAGGGUUUAUUUAAAGCGUGGGUUUCUCUGCCUCGAGGGGGAGUGUGGAUAGUGGCAACUUGCUGACAGGUUGUGCAGAGAAUUAUUGAAAGAGAGGUUUUUUUUUUUAUGCCUUGUUCUAUUUCAACCCGUUCUCAUUCCGA